CAAGGGAUGACUCGAAUCCGAGCGGUGGAACAAUUCUGAGUAAUUGGGCUACGUUUAAAAUCCAGAUCCAUCCUGAUGGAUGCGGCUAUUAAUUCGCCUCUUGACAGUGGCUCUCUGGGAGUGGGCCUGUCGCUCGUCGGCGGGAUGGACCCCGGCAUGAUGACGGCCGGUGCCGGGAAGCGCAUCCGUAAGCCCUCGCUGCUCUUUGAGGGCUUCGAGAGCCCCGCACUGCCCACCGCGCCCCCUCCGCCGCCCGCGCCGUCCGGCCCCACCAUGCCCACGCAGCCGACCCAGCCCCCCGUCAGCGACCCCUCCCGGGGCGGCCGCAUCACCAACCAGCUGCAGUUCCUUCACAAGGCCAUGGUCAAGGCCCUGUGGCGCCACCACUUCGCCUGGCCCUUCCACCAGCCCGUGGACGCUGUGCGCCUCAACCUGCCGGACUACCACAAGAUCAUCAAGCAGCCCAUGGAUCUGGGGACCAUCAGGAAACGUCUGGAGAACAACUACUAUCGCAGUGCCAACGAGUGCAUACAGGACUUCAACACUAUGUUCACCAACUGUUACAUCUACAAUAAGCCCACUGAUGACAUAGUGCUGAUGGCUCAGUCUUUGGAGAAGGCGUUCCUGCAGAAGGUGGCCCAGAUGCCGGAGGAGGAGCUGGAGAUCGCCCCGCCGGCCCCCCGCAGCAGGCCCACCAAGUCUGGGAGAGGCCGCAAGGGACAGCGGGGGAUGCGCCAUGGACAUGCUCCGGGGGGCGUGAGCACAGCUCACCAGGUGCCGGCGGUGUCCCAGUCGGCCUACUCCUCGUCCUCGUCCCCCGACACGCCCGACUCCCGCUACCCCACCCCCCCACAGACGCUGCUCACCAAGAGCCUGCCGCCACCCACCGUGCUCACCAGCCACGGCGUGCUGGGCCUGCCCCCCCACACCCAGCCCACCGCAAAGAAGAAGGGUGUGAAGCGCAAGGCUGACACGACCACCCCGAGCACCAUGGCCUACCCCCCUCUUGCGCCGCCGCUCUCCCAGGCCCGUGUGGGCGGCAUGGGCAAGGGCCACGGCCUCACCCCGGACGCGCCGCUCUCCCUGGUGCCCGUCUCGGUGGUGGAGAUGCAGCCGGGCGGGGUGGCACCGACGGGGGCCAAGAUGCUCGGCCGGCGCGGGGGCAGCGGGCGGCCCAUCAAGCCUCCACGUAAGGACCUGCCGGACUCGGUGCGGCCACCUCCUGGCGGUGCGCGGCGCAGGGCCAAGCUGAGCCAGCAGCUCAAGUACUGCAACGGCAUCCUGAAGGAGCUGCUCUCCAAGAAGCACGCUGCCUACGCCUGGCCCUUCUACAAGCCCGUGGACGUGUCCGCGCUCGGCCUGCACGACUACCAUGACAUCAUCAAGUACCCCAUGGACCUCAGCCUCGUGAAGAGGAAGAUGGACGAGCGGGAGUACCGAGACGCACAGCAGUUUGCCGUGGACAUCAGGCUCAUGUUCUCCAACUGUUACAAGUACAACCCUCCGGACCACGACGUGGUGGCCAUGGCUCGCAAGCUGCAGGAUGUGUUUGAGUUCCGCUACGCCAAGAUGCCGGACGAGGUCCUGGAGGAGGAAGAUGAGGAUCUGGCCGCCAUGGCGGUGGGCCGCGGCAGCAUGGGCAUGCUGGGAAGGCACUCUUCCUCGUCUUCGUCCUCCUCCUCAUCAUCCUCCUCGUCGUCGGAGAGCGAGCCGAGCAGCGACAGUGAGAGUGAGAGCAGCCCCAGCUCCGACAGCGAGGAGGAGAGGGCCCACCGCCUGGCCGAGCUACAGGACCAGGUCUGCACACAGCUGCGUGCGGUGCAUGAGCAGCUGGCUGCGCUCUCCCAAGGCCCCAUCAUCAAGCCCAAGAAGAAGCGCGAGAAGAAGAAGGACAAGAAGAAGAAGAAGAAGCCGGGAGAGAGAGAGAGAGGGGCCUUGAGAGAGGGAGAGGGAGAGAGAGAGAGGGCGAGGGGCAGGGGAAGGCUGGAGAAGGUCAAGGCCACCAAGAGCAAGUCCAGCCGGGCCGCCUCCUCCACACAGGGCAAGAAGGGGGCGGCCAAGAAGAGCAACAAGACCAACAAGCCUGCCAAGAAGAGCCAGGUUCCGGUGUACGCGCUGCCGCACUACGACUCGGAGGAGGAGGAGGAGACCAGCCCCAUGUCGUACGACGAGAAGCGGCAGCUGAGCCUGGACAUCAACAAGCUGCCGGGCGAGAAGCUGGGCCGCGUGGUGCACAUCAUCCAGGCGCGCGAGCCCUCGCUGCGAGACACCAACCCCGAGGAGAUCGAGAUCGACUUCGAAACGCUCAAGCCGUCCACACUGCGCGAGCUCGAGCGCUACGUCAUGACCUGCCUGCGCAAGAAGCCGCGCAAGCCCUACGUGGUCAAGAAGGCAGGCGGUGGGAAGUCCAAAGAGGAGCUGGCGCUGGAGAAGAGACGAGAGCUGGAGAGGAGACUGCAGGACGUCAGCGGUCAGCUCAACUCCGCCAAGAAACCCCAGAAGCCCAAGGUGGAGAAGCCCAGCGCGGCGGAGCCCCACCCGGUCCCCUCCCGCCUCAGUGCCAGCAGCUCCAGCUCGGACUCUUCGUCCUCCUCGUCCUCUUCCUCCUCCUCCUCCGACACCAGCGACUCAGACUGAGCUGCCCCUCCCUACAGGAAAAGAGGCGGCGUGAAUGUGUGAGGGAGAGAGCGAGAGUGGGGGAGACUGACAGAACUCAGGGAGCAGACCAGGCUUGUUGCUACCCCACAGGGGGGCAGUUAGAGACCGCUCCUUCCCAGCUUCUGCGGAGGAGGUGGAACAACCCCCUAACACCCCAGUACCCCCCUCUCCCCCAGCAGAGUAUCGGGGCAGGGGGGGGUUCCCUUACCCAGAGGCCCCCACUUGGCAGCCUGCCCUCCUGCUUUCUGUGUAAAUAGCUGUACAGAUUAUAAGGAAUAUAAUUUUCUUUCAUAAAGAAGCAUUUUAAGGAGCAGCCCAUAGUGGGAGAAGAGAGGAGAGGAGAGAAGAGGAGAAGAGAGGAGGGAAGAGGAGAGGAGAGGAGAGAAGAGGAGAAGAGAGGAGGGAAGAGGAGAGGAGAGGAGAGAAGAGGAGAAGAGAGGAGGGAAGAGGAGAGGAGAGGAGAGGAGAAAAGAGAGAGUGUGGUGGGGACAUCUGGACACUUGUUUCUUUUUCUGAGCUCAGUCAGCAGCUGGAGACCCAGAAGAUUUCCUUUUCUUUUUGUUGUUUUGUUUGUUUUACUUUUGUUUUCCCCUGUUUUUCCCCCCGUGUUAAUGCUUUCAAACCUGACCCCUGGAAAGAUCCCUGUGCUGCAGGUUUCAAACCUGACCCCUGGAAAGAUCCCUGUGCUGCAGGUUUCAAACCUUACCCCUGGAAAGAUCCCUGUGCUGCAGGUUUCAAACACUUAAGAGCAUCUCAGCUGGGCUCAAGCUUGUGAUGUUGCAUUGCUUUAGGUAGGACGGUCAUCUGUCUGGGGACAUAGGAAGCCCUUGCUGGAGUGGUUGCAAUUGGUGGUCACUAUGAUAAAAGUCAGAUGAACAUGUCGGUGAGAUGGUGAAUUUCAUUUCAGAUGCACAUGUUUGUUGUGGGUGGAGAGUUUCUUUUAGUUCACGAUGGAGGUCAUUUAAAGUCAUAGCCUAUGUCUUGUCGAUCGAUCACCUCCAACAUUAUGUGACACCUGAAAAUCUAAUGUCGUAUGAUUCUCCUGUCACAACCAUUCUGAAAUGAAAGUCCUCUGUGUGCUAUCAGUGAAGUGUUUUAGCUUGUAUAUCUGUCCCCUUUGUACUGUGUGUGCAUCACUUUGCUCCAGCUAUUUGAUGUGUAUAAUAGACAAAGCUAUUCAUUUUCCCCCCAUUGUUUUUUGCUCUGUCCUGUCAAUUUUUGUCCAUACCUGUUGUUGUUUUAAAAAACAAAAAAAAACAAGGAUCUGCUAUUAGUUUUGUUUUGGGUUAUUUUUUCCAUCGUUGUCUGGUUUUUGACUUGGCCUGUUAUGGCAGAAGCUAUUUUGUUGUUGUUGUUUUCAUAAGACCACUCUCACACCUCACAUCUCUCUCUGAACCACAGAUAUGUCACCUGUGUCUGGGGGUCGGUACUGUAAAAAAAAAAAAAAAAAAAAAAGAGGAAAAAAAGUUGGAGUUGGAGACUCUAGCGUCAGCUUGCCUGAACUAGAGAGGAUGGUGCUAGUUUACGCUUGAUUUUUAUGCUUGACUUGGCGAACUGUAUUAUUUGUACUAUGUUAACUCAGGACAAGACACAUUCAUUGCUAACGUAAUAGCAAGGACACAUGUAUAGUAAAAAAGACUUCAGAACUGGUCUUCACACCAUUCCUUGUAUAACAGUUGUACUGUAGAUCAUGUUUCUAUUUGUGUCUUCUAGUUUUGUUUUGUUUUUUUCCCUCCCUUUUUCAGUGUAAAAAAACAACAAAAAAAUGUUAGACUAUCUGACUCUCCAUUGUUGAGUUUUUGGAUAUUGUACAACCUCGGUUAAUAUAGCUUCUGGCUGCAUCAACAAACAUCUCGUCUGUACAUAUUAAAAGAGAUUUUGUUCUUUAAAAAA